GUAAGCACUGCCUUCAAACUCCAAGAUAUUAAAAUAAAGAUAAGAAGACAAACACACUUCCUCUUUCACUUAAUGAAAGCCUUGUAGUCAUUGCAGCUAUGGCAGCUCUACCCUUCUCAACAACCUGCAGGCAUUCCAAUUCAUCUUUACACCCCGAUUCCAAAUCAAGCUUCACUGGUUUCAGUCAAAGAAACAAUAUUGGCCACUUGUUUCUCAUCAGGAAGUGCAGUUCCAGAAGGGUAGUAAGAAAGUUAUGUGUGAAGAAUGUUGCCAGUGAUAAAAAGCAGGAACAGAAUGAACCACUCACUGAACAAGAAACUUUAGAUAAAUUUGUCCCAGAUUCUGCAUCUAUUGCUGCAAGCAUUAAGUAUCAUGCCGAGUUCACCCCGUCUUUCUCUCCGGAGAAGUUUGAGCUAAGUAAAGCAUUCUAUGCGACUGCAGAGAGUGUCCGUGAUUCCCUCAUCAUAAACUGGAAUGCAACGUAUGAAUAUUAUGAGAGGAUGAAUGUUAAGCAAGCUUAUUAUAUGUCCAUGGAGUAUCUACAGGGUAGGGCGCUGCUAAAUGCAAUUGGAAAUUUACAACUUUCAGGCCCUUAUUCUGAGGCUCUAAGAAAGCUGGGACACAAUUUAGAGAAUGUGGCUAAUCAGGAGCCAGAUGCCGCCCUUGGGAACGGAGGAUUAGGCCGCCUUGCUUCUUGCUUUUUGGACUCCUUGGCAACAUUGAAUUACCCUGCAUGGGGUUAUGGGCUAAGAUACAAGUAUGGUUUGUUCAAACAACUUAUAACAAAGGAUGGUCAAGAGGAAGUUGCUGAAAGCUGGCUCGAGAUGGGAAAUCCCUGGGAAAUUCCAAGAAACGAUGUUUCUUAUCCGGUUAAAUUCUAUGGAGAAAUUACUUCAGGGCCAGAUGGAAGAAAAGAAUGGAUUGGAGGAGAAAAUAUCAUGGCAGUUGCAUAUGAUGUUCCAAUACCAGGAUACAAAACUAGAACCACAAUAAACUUGAGGUUAUGGUCCACUAAAGUUUCACCUGAAGAGUUCGAUUUGCAAGCUUACAAUGCCGGGGAUCAUGACAAAGCAUAUGCUGCUCUGAAGAAUGCAGAGAAGAUCUGCUAUGUAUUAUACCCUGGGGACGAAUCGAUUGAAGGGAAGACUCUACGAUUGAAGCAACAGUAUACCUUAUGCUCGGCCUCUCUCCAGGAUAUUAUUGCUCGUUUCGAAAAGAGAUCAGGAAAGGCCAUUGAUUGGGAUACUUUCCCCGAUAAAGUGGUGGUCCAAAUGAAUGAUACUCACCCAACACUCUGCAUUCCAGAGUUGAUUAGGAUAUUGAUGGAUGUAAAAGGUUUAAGCUGGGAUAAAGCCUGGGAGAUAACUAAAAGAACCGUUGCUUACACAAAUCACACAGUUCUACCUGAGGCACUAGAGAAAUGGAGUUUGAAACUUCUGCAGGAUUUGCUUCCUCGACAUGUGGAGAUAAUAAGAAAAACUGAUGAAGUGUUCAUACAUGAAAUUAUAUCUGAGAAUGGGAUGAAUGACCUUGACUUGUUGGAUCAAAAGCUCAGAAAGAUGAGAAUACUGGAGAACAUUGAGUUGCCUAACUCAGUGGUUGAGCUGAUUAAUAGCUCAAUAGAGAUUCCUGAUACUGAUCCUAUAGAGGAAAGAGAUGUUAUUGAUACUGAUAUAAAGGCAACAGAAGAGAAGGAAGAAGAAGCAGAAGCCAAAGAAGUGGAAGAAGACGAAGACGAAGUAGGGAAAGAAGAACCGGAAGAAGAUGAUGGCGAAGAAGAGCCAUCUGUGGAAGAGGAUACCGAAAAGAAAACAACAUGGACAUUCAAAGUUGAUUCAAAACAGCCAACAAUGGUUCGCAUGGCUAAUCUAUGCGUUGUAGGUGGUUUUUCUGUGAAUGGAGUAGCUGAGAUUCACAGUGAGAUUGUAAAACAGGAAGUUUUCAAUGAUUUCUACGAGAUGUGGCCUGAAAAGUUCCAGAAUAAAACAAAUGGGGUGACCCCAAGAAGAUGGAUCCGCUUUUGCAAUCCUGAUCUUAGUAAAAUCAUAACCAAGUGGAUUGGAACAGAGGACUGGGUCACAGAUCUUGAGAAAUUGGCUAUACUUCGCAAGUUUGCAGAUAAUGAGGAUUUACAAUCAGAGUGGAUGGAAUCAAAGAGAAGGAACAAGAUUAAGGUUGCAUCAUUUAUCAAGGAAAGAACUGGUUAUGAUGUUAGUUCAAAUGCAAUGUUUGAUGUACAGGUGAAGCGCAUUCAUGAAUACAAACGGCAGUUACUGAAUAUCUUGGGAAUCGUUUAUCGCUACAAAAAGAUGAAAGAAAUGAGUGAUGAGGAAAGGAAACAAAGUUUUGUUCCACGAGUUUGUAUUUUCGGAGGGAAAGCAUUUGCAACAUAUGUUCAAGCCAAGAGAAUUGUAAAAUUCAUCACAGAUGUAGGAGCCACAAUCAAUCAUGAUCCAGAGAUUGGAGAUCUAUUAAAGGUUGUAUUUGUUCCUGAUUACAAUGUCAGUGUGGCCGAAAUGCUAAUUCCUGGCAGCGAGUUGUCGCAGCACAUCAGCACGGCUGGUAUGGAGGCCAGUGGAACAAGCAACAUGAAGUUUGCAAUGAAUGGAUGCUUACUUAUUGGAACUCUUGAUGGGGCUAAUGUUGAAAUAAGGGAAGAAGUUGGAGAAGAUAACUUCUUCCUCUUUGGCGCGCGUGCUCACGAAAUCUCUACGCUGCGAAAAGAAAGAGCAGAGGGAAAGUUUGUAGCAGAUCCACGUUUUGAAGAAGUAAAGGCAUAUGUAAGGAGUGGUGUUUUUGGAAGCUACAACUAUGAAGAAUUGAUUGGAUCCUUGGAAGGGAAUGAAGGCUAUGGUCGUGCUGAUUACUUCCUUGUUGGAAAGGACUUCCCUAGCUACUUGAACUGCCAAGACGCCGUCGACGAAGCAUAUCGAGAUCAAAAGAGGUGGACAAGAAUGUCAAUCUUGAACACAGCCGGUUCAUACAAAUUCAGCAGUGACCGGACUAUUCAUCAAUAUGCCAGAGACAUUUGGAGAAUUCAACCACUUUUCCUGCCUUGAAAAAUUUCAUGUGCCUAAUUGUUUCUUCCUUCUUGGUUAUUUUUGGUUUCCGUUGCUCUCAAACUAUUUAUAAGUAUACAAGGCAAUCAUUAUCUUAGGGUGAAUUUUGAUGCAAAAUAAUGGUUAUUACUUUUGUGAAGACUCGUGCAGUUAUCUUCAUGUGAAGUUGAAAGUUGAAAAUCUUUAGAUGAUUAUUUAGUUAAAUUUGUCAAAUCAUUUAUGAUUUUCAAGUAUCAACUUCAUAUGAAAACAACUACACGUAAGUUUCUACUGAUUACAUAAGAAAUUUUUAUUACACUUUCAAUGUAGGAAGAGAUACUUUGUAAAUUUAGUCAUGUAAACAAAACCUUAUAGUAAGUUAUAACUUGGACAAUGUAUAAUUUAUUAAAAGCACCAUCAAAACUAAGACCCUAACUUGUAUCAGUAUGAUCUAUAGGUAAAUAGUUCAGCAAAAGAAAAGAUACACACAUACAUGAUGAGUUAUAUCUGUAACUGUAAUGCAAUUUGCAAAGACCUACUUCUUCUUUUAAUAGCAAACG